GUCGUCAACAGAGGAGGAAGGCAAUUCAGCCAUUUCUUUGUACGGUGUGCACCCAGCUGGGGGAAAGUUCUACCUCCCCCACUCUGCACCAAUCCAUCUGGAUAUGUGAAUGGUUGUUAAGCACGGGGGCGCCUGAUGUAGCUAUUCCACUCCCUCUGCCCUCAUACUGUCUACAGGUUGGCAGUUGAGCUCGGCAGACCGAGAACGCUAAAACCUGGACUUGAGGAUGCGAGGAUGCCAUGGUUAGAACGUGAACGCAAGUCCCUCUGGACGGUGGACCACAUGCCUGGGUGGGGAUGGUGACUGGAGUGCUGUGGCUGUCAGGGAAAAGACCAUCAUGGAAGGGCUAUAGGAGUGAGAGGCAGCUCCUUUGAAGCCCUCAGUCUAGCAUCUCCCUCUUUCGGUUCCCUUUUAGCCAGAGCUAAAACCCGGAGAAGCGGAGUCUGCACAGUGCAACUCUUAUGUGAGCUGGGCAUGCUCAGAAGCAAGGGGCUGGUUUGGGUCCGAAGUCUGACCGAGGGUUCUUCAGCACAGGGCUAGAGCGGGAGUACCCCAGGAGCCUUGGAGUGCCUUAGAGGAGAAGAUCUCACUUUACUCAUGUAGGCGUGGCCCACACUUCUCCAGAGACCGAGAGGGACAAGAAGUACAUGGAUGAGACCAUGGGAAACACCUGAUGCUCCAAAGGAAGAGAAAAUUCUUAUUACAUCCAAAUACAUGCAAUAAUUGUUUUUGGACUUUCAUUUCUCUAUAUCAGAUCACAGGUGACAGUUUGGAUUCAAAAAACAAAAACAGAUAGGUCAGGACCCAGUUUCUACUGGCUGAUAUCUCAUAAACAUUAAUCUCAAAAUGAAUGGCUUUCAAUGAAAGCUUAUAACUGUGUCCAGUGAGCAGAGUCUGAGAUCCUGGACAAGUUCCCUUUUACUCUGUCUAAGUAUUUUGGACAUGCAUGCACCAAAGAUGGCAUGGAAAGAAAGGCAAAUGAAGUGAAAAGUGAUAAAGUGGGUAAACAAUGACUCACCAAAAGAAAAUGCAUGUCCUGGCUUGAUAACCCCACCUUGAUAACUCACUUCUGUAGAGAAAGAAUGAAAAAAACCCCCCAAAUCUAACCCCACCAAAACUGGUUGUGGCUUCAGAACUUUCCUGUACAUUAAUUAAAGCAAUACCACCCAGGGGUCAGGGGCCUGAUCCUCCUUAGCAAAUAAAGAGUAAUAUAAUGAAGAAGUUAUUGAGGUUCAAAAGUUCAGCAGUGUGUGCAUCUAGAGUUUGACACACCCAGGACUGGUGAAAAGAUUCAAGGGGAAGAACUACCAGUAUGUGAAAAUCUCAGUGUGGAAACUGAAAUUUGACUGUGUGCCAGAAAAGGAAGGUGAAGCAAGAAACACCAAAGUAACUAUCAACCUUGAACAACAACAAAAGCCAGAGUGAUUCUAUAUUGCUGCUGAGUUGUUAGUGUGGGGUGGAACAACAGCUGAGGAAGAAACUGACCAUGGAGAACUCUGUGGCUUCUUGUGUCCUCUACUCUGGGGAAGGCCAAGUAAAUGGUUCAAAACCUGGGACCACCUUUAACAAAGGAUUAAGUGGGGAGAACAGGGACCAAGGAUCUGUUCUUCCGACACCUGGGGAGACGGACUUGCAGCACCUAGACACAGAUGAAGAGUUCUCAGGGACUCGAACCAAUGGAGCGGAAGCGGCUGGACUUCCAGUACAUACGCCUUGCAGUCUCAGCUCGUCCUUGUGUUUUAACCCCGUGAACAAAUCUCCACUGCAACCUUGUGCAACUGCGGCUUCCGCGGCAGAGGGUGCUGAAGUCUCUCCCCCCGCCUCUACUUGCAAAGGAAAUCGGGUAGUGAAGAACCAGUGGGAAAUCAACAAUUCUAAUGCCACUUCCAAAGAGUCGGGACAGGAGGAGGAGGAGGCUGCUGGGGCAGACCAGCGAAGUACAACACUGCCGCCGCCACAGCCUGUCACUUAUUGUGUCCCGACCGGAGCACAGCCCAGGAAGGAACCACUGCAUCCUAGGGACCCAAAGAGCUGCGUGGGGGAGGAGGGCGGAGGCGGUGGCAGCAGCAGCAGCACAAGCAGCAGCAGCAGCAGUAGCAGUAGCCACAGCCGCCGUGGAAUCUGCAGCAUCGACCAGAGCAAUGUUCCAGCGGGGGGCGCUUUGAGAGAAGAACCGGACCUGGUAAUCGAAGUGGCUGGACACCGCAUCCAGGCGCACAAAUCAGUACUGGCUGCCAAGAGCGACUACUUCAGAGCACGUUCUUCUAGGGAGAUCCUGCGAGUGAAGGGGGUAAGCUACUCCGCACUUCGGCUUCUAGUGGAUUACCUCUACACGGGACACAUGGGGGAAGUGAAGCAGGACAAUGUGGCUGAGGUGAUCGCUGGGGCGCGCUUCCUCCAAAUGCCCUGCGCCCUGCAGUGCGCCACUGACGCCAUGCGGGCACAGCUAACCCUUGGUAACUGCUACCAGGUACUGAGCCUGGCCAAGCAACAGAGGCUCAGCGAGCUCCGGGAGGCUGCCUAUCGUUUCAUGAGCGACCACUACCUCCAAGUGCUGCGGGAGCCGUCCAUUUAUGGUCGCCUGACUGGCUCUGAGCGAGACCUUAUCCUCCAGCGCAGGAUGGAGGCAGGUCGCAGCUGCCUCCUUGUGGCCGAGAUUAAUGAUGUUUUUGAGCGGGUGGGCAGCAGACCCCAGAGCCGGGAGAGCAGCAGGCCCCAGAGUCCAUCUGCCUCUGUCUUGUCUCCUGGGGAACAGCCACCCACGCCACCCCCAGCCCUAGCAUCAUCUGAGGAGGAGGGUAGUCACAGUGACUCGGUCAUCUACUACUACCAGGAGGCAGAUAAGGAGUGGAAGGUCCUGACUCGGCUACCUGAGGGGGCUAAUGCCAAAGGCUGUGCCAUGUGCAUUCUUUACAACUACCUCUUCCUGGCUGGGGGCAUCUUGCAAGGGGGACCUGAGGGGCGGCCGCGUCUGUCAGACAAAGUCUUCUGCUAUAACCCAGUGACUGACACUUGGACCACAGUUCGGUCCCUAAGCCAGCCCCGUUCCCAACUAAAGUUGCUGGCCCUGGACGGCUACCUCUAUGCAGUGGGUGGUGAAUGCCUGUUUAGUGUGGAGCGCUAUGACCCCCGCACUGACCGAUGGAGUGCUGUAGCUCCACUGCCCAAGGGUGGCUUCGCUGUGGCCCACGAAGCCACCACAUGUAAUGGAGAAAUUUACGUCUCAGGGGGCUCCCUUUUCUACCGCUUGCUCAAGUAUGACCCUCGACGGGACGAGUGGCAGGAGUGCCCAUGUAGCAGCAGUCGAAAGCGCUCUGCAGAUAUGGUGACCCUCAAAGGUUUUAUCUAUCGCUUUGACCUGUGUGGGGCAAGAGGGGAGUCAGUGGCUGGAGCUUCAGCUUCUAGUGGGAGUGGAGGGGUCAAUGUGUUCCGUUAUCACUGCCUGGCCAAGCGAUGGAGUCAGUGCGCUUCGAACCUGCGGCCGCCUGGUGAGCCAUCUGGCCUUCAGCCUUUCCGCUGCACUGCUCUGGAUGGAACUAUCUACUGCGUGAAUAGGGCAGGGGCCUGGCGUUUCAGCCUCUCGGAAGAAGGGGAACCUGGCGAGGAUGGAGGCCAGAAGGGGGUCUUCGAGCAAGAGCAGCUCAAACCCCCCUUUGAUGCUCGAGGGGUCCUUUUCCCCUUUGUGCUCACUUUGCCAGAGAGGCCAGACAAAGGGGAGGCUGGAGCACUGUAAGGGAAAUGGGAGCAGAGACAAUUAUCAGAUCCCCUGGCUCAAAGUGCAUGGUUCCCUGUGGUCCAAGGGCCAUUAUGGGAGAAGAGUUAAGGGGAUGUGGGAAAGUGGACGAAGGUAUCUAGAUAACCAAGACUGUAAGGAUGGGUCCUAUAAAAGUUCCCCAAAGCUCGUAGACUCUGGACAAUAUUCUUUUAGUACUCCCCCAAAGGCUUCUCUUGCUCCAGUUUUUUGUCUGCUUGAUGGGACUAGUUGUAAAUGCAACUUAUAUUUUAGAUUAAUCAAAUUUACCUUUAAAUGCAAGACAGGUUUCCUUUGUGCAAAUUAGAAGGCACCAGAGGUUAACCUCUAAAUCUAUUGGUAAGGGAAUGUUGGUAUGUGCAAUGAGGAACCUAGGAAUGCCCAAGGGUUAAAAAGAAGCCAAACUUCAUUGUGAACUGGCACUAUUAACUUCUAGAUAUUUGAAAUGCCGAGGGAAUGCCAGUAUUCUAAUGAUAAAUGAACAGGCCCAGAAUGAAUUUCAUGAAGCACCCCUAGAAGGAAGAUUAGCAAAUUUUGUGAAAAGCAAUGCUCAUUUUUGAUUUUCUUGCUAAAGUUCAAAUUUUAAGCAGACAAAAAUGAUGAAAAGCUGUUAGAACCUUGCUAACUGGCAAAAAGCUAGAUGCUACCAAAUUAAAAACUUUGUUGUGCUUAUUAAAGACAAAAUAAGGGAAAACCACAUAUUAAAUUGUUUGAACUCUAAUAUAUACUAAAUACUUCAAUGCUUAGCAUCUAUAAAAAGUGUUGUACUAUUAUAAUAGAAAUAGAUCAGGAGAGGAAAAAGUUCACUAAAAAGACUUGGGUCCUGAUACUCCAGUGUUUUGCUAAGAUUGAUUUAUGAUGUUCAAGGAAAAGACUGUUAAUAAUUAAUUAUUCUUAAUGGCACAGUGAUGGCACAUACUAUUGGGAUUCUACAUCUUUAGAGGAUAAAUGUUUUCGGAAGAGACAAUUCUGAAGAGGAAAAAUGAUAUGAAAUACUUCCUUCCUGAGAGUAAUCAGAAAAAUGUUUCAUGUGGUACAGGAAAAAAAUAUUGACAUUGAACAGAGGUCCAAUGUAUUAGGCACUUUUUCUCCUUACAUUGGAUACCCACAUGCAUAUAAAAUACCCCCUUUUAAUUUUGUUUGACAGAGAACAUUUUCUUUAAAUAAUAAAAAUAAAAUGGAGAGAGCAAUAUAGAUAGAGGGGCCAGUCUUAGAGUUAGGAAGAAUUGGUUUUGAGUCUUGCCUCUUGACAUAUUAGCUUAUGGGGCUAUAUUCUUUGUAUCCUCAAGUAACACAAUAAAUUAUAGAUGAGUUGCAGUUUGUUCUAUAUCAAUGGAAUUUCUAUGCUAGGAGUCCUCUAAACUGGUGAAAUUUAAGGUCUAGAUCAAAUGAAAAUAAGAAAAUUACUUCCUUUUUUAAAUCAUUUAAAAAUUUAAAAAACUGAGAUCACAGCCAAAUAAUUAAUUCAUCUAUCUAAUAUAAAACAUCUAAUUCACAUUGAAAAACAAGAUAAGGCAAACUAAUUUUUACAAGUAUCAUUCUAAGAAAAUAUAGCAGUUUAGUUAAAAAACUUGAAUGGUACAGUGACAAUGAACAAAUUAACACUGAAGGAACUUAAAUGUUUUGUUGCUUGUUAUGUAUAUCUUAGCAUGAUUCUAGUAAAAAUUGUAUCCAAUUGCCAGUUUCAAAGUAGGAAAGUGAAACCUACUUUGACGUAUAGUACUUUGGUAACUUAAAAAAGGAUUUUAUUAUGUUUUUGAGUUUACUUUUCUUAUCUAUAAUAUAUGAAAGGCCAUGUGGAAUAGUGGAUAGAAAAGUGACUUUUAAGCCAUAGAGGCCUGGGUUCAGGUGUGACCCAUAAUGGCUGUGUGGCCCAAGGCAUGUCACUUAAUCUCUCAAUGCUCUAGGCAACCUUUUAAGAGUUGCUCAAGAUAGCUCUCUAAAUUGAAGAAAAGGUGUUGGCCUUCAUUGGAAGGGAGAGUUUUCUCCUCUGGGAGUUCCCUAGACCAAUGAAAUAAUGUCUAGUCCCUUUCGUAUGAUAUAUUAUGAUAGUAGCACCUUUCAAAUUUGGCGAAAUAAUUUCUCGUUACCGAGAAUUAGAAGGUGAACCAUAUACUCAUAAUCAAAGACCAAGUUAUCAUGGAUUCUGAAUUUAGUAAAUGUGCUGUUUUACAUCAGGAAAUGUGUAUUUGAAAAGUUGUUGGAAUGCAAUUAGUUUAAAGAUGUGAUGUAUUUUUGCUCCUUAGUCUGGUAAUGUGAGUUACCAUUUCUGCAGGAGCUGCUAGGUUUGUUUGUGCUUUGGUUACAUUUCUCUUCAGAGCCAAUAGGUUAUUGAGCCUCAAAACUGUCCGUAUUUUAGUAUAUUUAGAUCUGAUCAAUUUGAAGCUCACCCUGUGCAUGUCUUGAAGAAAUGGAACUUAAAACAUCAGUGUGAUCAUAGAUUCUGGUAUGUGUAAUUGGAUGUUUGCUAAUGAUUACUCAUGUACUGAGAAAUGGUAUCUAGGCAACUUGGUUAAUCAUCUUAGGGACAAAAAAUAAAAGCCUUGUUUGACUUUAUUAGUCAUUAAUUGGAGUAUUUAGGGAGAAAAGGCAGUAGAAUUUAAAAAAAAAUCUACAACAAAAGUGGAAUAAGUAGUUUAAGAUUCCAUUUAAAUAAAUCUACAUUUUCUUUUGAGCUUCAAUACUUUCCCCCCAAAGCUAUAAUUCUAUAAUUCAUGCUAAAAUAUUGGUGAGGAAUAAAAUCAUUCUGAUAAAAAAAUUCCCAAAUUCUCAAAUUGGUGAAAGUAUUUCCUGUUGUGAUUUUACUUGAGAUGUUAUUCAGUUAAGUUUGAGGAAAGAUUUGAAAUGAACUCUUAUUUUUCAAGAAAAAAGUUCAUACUUCAUGCUGUGUGUAAAUAAAGAAUAUGAUUUUUGAAAAUGGCUUUAAAUGUAAUUUUUCCCCAACAUCAAAAGUGUACUUGUCACUCAUAAAAUUCCUCAGGAUUCUCCGUAUUUCUCCAUUCUGGGAGCUCCUAGAAGUAAUGGGGAACUUAAACACUCAAAUGAACAUUUGUUGAAUACUUAAAAUUAAGCAAAAGAUACUUGGCUAGGGGCUGGAAAGGAUACAGAAUUUUUCCUCUUUCCUCCCUCCCUCCAUCCCACCCUCCCUCCUUCCCUGCUGCAACCUACAGUCUGGAAGAGGGGGAUCAAACAUGCAUAGAGAUACCUAGAAGAGAAGUUAGGAUAUGGUGAUUGCCUUAGGAAAUAAAGGCACUGAGCUGCACUUACUAUUUGUGUGAUCUUGGGGAAGUCAUAUAAGUUUCUCUGGGCCUCAGUUUCUAAUUCAUAAUGGGGCUUUACUAGAUAACCUCGAAAUCUACGGUCCUUUGGUGUGGUUUGUGGAAGAAAAUAACGCAUCAGAACAAAUGUUGGAACAAAUGAUACCACUAGAGAAAAGUUUAUUUUUUCUUUCUGGGCCAGCAACAUGGGGAGUGGCCUGAAUAGGGUGAGCUGCCAGUGAAUGUUACAAUCUGGAGCAGCUAGUCUCAGAUCUGUUUUGAGGAACUGCUUGACUUCCUGGAUCAUUUGAGAGGCUGAUCUAGCAUAUGGACUAAGCAUUAACUCAUGAAACUAGCCACUGGGCUCAGAUCCUUUCAGAUUAGGAUGCCAUCAUCCUUCUGUUGUUAAUUAGUAAUAUUUUUUUUCUGGAAACCUUAAAAAGGUAUUGAAAUAUCUGACAUCAGUAAAACCUCUGUAAAAUGAAGGAGUGAGAGAAGGCUUCUGAGGGAACUUCUUGCUGUAGCUUGAAGGUCUGAUGAUUAUUUGUUAUAAAUGUUUUUAAUUAAUAUCUAAACAAGUGAAAUUUUGAAACUGUAAAUACUAUUUAGGGAAAAUUACAUGAAAAUUUGAAACUUGUUUGGGCUGAGUAGUUAUUUGGCAAAAAGUUGCUGUCCUGUAAUAUGUUAACACUGGUUCAAUUAUGAAACCUUUGGGGAGUGGUUUCCUGUAUUGCUUUUCUCCUUUUUUUGCUUUUCAGUUUAGCUUUCUCUUCUUUCUCCCCUCUCCCCUCUGUUCCAUUCCCAUCCAGUACAUUGAAAAUGUGCCCUCUUUAAGAGAUUAGAAAUUCUCUGAAACACAAGUUUUUAUAGACUCAACUAUAGAUUUGUAAAAUUUAAAGUAUGAACAUCAGUUCUGAUAUUGAUUGAAGAGAAAUUAGCAAAAUGCUUCAGAAUACUAAAGGAAGUUAGUUCAUCUGUAAAUAAUGCAUUUAUUAACAGAUCCUUUUUUAUAAACACUGGCAUAAUAUCUUUUAUAUAUACUGACAUGUCAGAAUGAAGUAAUUGUAAAAUGUCAGAACUUCAAAAGCCAUGAAAAGUAAUACUAAAAUAAUUUUUUUUUUAGUUAGCAGUGUAGCUAAUAUGAGGUUUGUCUUUUAACCUGUGGAGAAGCAGAAAAGCAAGUGUCUUCUCAUCUACAAAGAUGUUCUUAAUUUAUCUUUGAUUUAGAGGGGGAAAGUCUUUCUGGACCCAUUUCUUUCAUCUGGUAUUAGAUACUUUGAUAACAGUAUCUGACAAAUGGAGAGCAUACUAGGCUUAGGAGAAUGCUUGAGCCAGCUUGAAUUGGCUCAUGAUAACUGAUAAAUUUUCACUGUGCAUAUUUAUGUCUUGGAAAUUGGCUGAUGUUACAAAUCACAGCUUGAUUUAUUUUAAAUUUUAUUGAUUAUCUGCAUUUAAAGAAGUGUUAAUGUAGAUAAAACUUUAAAAUGUGUUGUUUACUUUUUUUUUUCCAAAAAAUGGUUGUUAAAAUUUUACUAGCCUACCUCUAGCUAGGCUCCACCAGGAAGAAUGUACAGUCUCCUCCCUUCCCACCCAGAAUAUUGAAAAGAUGAUAAAAGUAUCUUGGAAAACCAUGAAGGGACAACUGCUUGUUAACUAUUCUCUGACUAUUUCCUCAUUAGCAAGACCAUUUUAUUGGAGUCUCAGGAACUAAAUAAAUAAUACAACUAUUUGUGUA